CGGGACACAUGCAUUUUCCUACACCGGUAAUAAGGUGAACGCAACGUGCCUUGCUUGACCAACAAUGGCCUCCUCCGAGGAACCCAAAGCUAAAAAGCUUAAAAUUUCCGCACAAGAGAAGACGGAUUCCGUGGCCAAAGCAUCUCUUGUGGAAUUAAGGUCUCUCGCACGUGCACAGAGAGAGCGAGAGAUGUCUGCACCGCUGAGCCCCAAUUCACUCUUCGGGAUGGGGAAUCCUUUGCUGGACAUCUGUGCCGUGGUGGACAAAGACUUCCUGGACAAAUACACACUGAAGCCAAAUGACCAGAUCCUGGCUGAAGACAAGCACAAAGCCCUGUUUGAUGAGCUGGUGAACAAGUUCAAAGCGGAAUACCACGCUGGGGGAGCCACACAGAACUCCAUUAAGAUCGCUCAGUGGUUGAUCCAGGAGCCUCACAAUGCGGGCACCUUCUUCGGCUGCAUCGGCAAAGACAAGUUUGGAGAGAUCCUGAAGAAGAAGGCGGAGGAGGCCCACAUCGACGCCCACUACUACGAGCAAGACCAGGAGCCCACAGGCUCGUGUGCCGCGUGCAUCACCGGAGCAAACCGGUCACUGGUGGCUAACCUGGCUGCUGCUAAUUGUUAUAAGAAGGAGAAACAUCUGGACCUUGAAGAAAAUUGGAAGUUGGUGGAAAGCGCUAAAGUUUAUUAUAUUGCCGGUUUCUUUGUCACAGUGUCUUUGGAGUCCAUGCUGAAAGUGGCCCAGCACGCAUCAGAAAAUAACAAAAUGUUCUGCCUCAACUUGUCUGCACCAUUUAUCUGCCAGUUCUUCAAAGACCACCUCAUGCAGCUCUUGCCCUACGUGGACAUGCUCUUCGGCAAUGAGACUGAGGCAGCUGCAUUCGCUAAGGAGCAAGACUUGGAGACCAAAGACAUAAAAGAGAUUGCCAAGAAAGUGCAGGCUUUGCCCAAAGUCAACACCAAGAGACAAAGGAUUGUUGUCUUGACUCAAGGGAAGGAUGAAACUGUGAUGGCUCUCAGUGACAAAAUUGAGACUUUCCCAGUGUUGAUGAUUGAUCCCAAAGACCUAGUGGACACAAAUGGUGCUGGUGACGCAUUUGUAGGAGGUUUCUUGUCUGGGCUGGUCCGAGAACAAUCACUGGACCAAUGCGUGAGGGCAGCGCACUAUGCUGCCAAUGUCGUCAUUAGAAGAUCCGGUUGCACGUUCCCUGAAAAGCCGGAUUUUGUUUGAUGUACUUUUUAUCAUUCUGUUUCCCCAAAAUGUCCAUUUAACACAAAAUGUCACCCAUUACAUUUUAUUCAGUUUUCCCACCCAAUCAGUUAUGUAUUUUUGAACCUGCCAUCUUGAUUUAUUUUUAAUUGUUGGCUUUGUCCCACAUCACCUGAGCAUGUCUUCUUUCAUCCACUGGCGCUGCAGGAAAAACUAAUCGGAAUUUGUUGGUCAUUACUCAUUCAUUGUCGGCCAGUGUGUGUACUUGCACACAAAACGCAAACUCAGCAAACAUAGUACAGUAUUAAUAACGAUAAUUGUGGCCAAAUCACGUAUAUGACCACUGGACCACAUUUUGUUAUUAGCACGGUUGCACUCAACUGAUAAGUUGUUUGAAAAUGUUGUAAUUGUCUUUAAAAGAUUUAUUUGUGAUUUGAUCAGGCCGGUGAACGACUUUGUCAUUCGAAAUGCUUGAAUUAAUCAGUGUCAAAGCCACUGCGCACAGGAAAUUGAACUGUGACGUUCAACAUUGUGCAAAUCAUGAGUGCCUUUUAUUCCUUGUUACAAAGGUUAAAGACUUGAAGCUGCUUUCGUCAUCUGUAUGCAAUAGUUCACCUACACUGGUACUGUUGGAAAGUAAGACCGACUAUGAAAGGAUAAUUGAGAGCAUUGAGUGAGUAGCCAUUCAAAUUUAUUUUUAUUUUUUUUGUUUCUGUUUUUUUUUUUUAAACCCAUUUUCCAAGUACCUCAACACUCAGCUUUGUUAAAUUAGACAUAAAUGCACAUUUAUCACAUUGUGUGAUCGGACGCAAGCUUCUGUUUUUACCUCUUCGGUGUGUGAUUUGGAUUAAUCAAAACUUGAAUACAGCUGUAACAAUUUCCUAAUGAUGCACAGGGGUGUUUUCUUCCUUUCAUAACUGCAUUGUUUUUAGAUCAUGAAUUUACAAUCCCAUCCGAUCAUAUUCAUUGUUAUGUACACAAACAACAAGAGGCCUCAAGUGAUCCUUUUGUCUGGUUUUUGCCAGACUUUAAUGUCUAAUAUGGACAAAUAAAAUGACCAAAAGAA